GACGAGCAGGAAGUGGGUGGAGCCGACUCUCCGACCAGACUCGACUUGAACUACAACUACACUCCACAGGCGAUGAAGCCGUUGGCCAUUUGCUCCUCCCCCUCUUCCUCUUCUUCUCCCCCCUCCUCCCCUUCCUCACGGGUCCCUGCAACCGCCCACUUCCCCCCCACCUCACACGUGCAGGCGCGCUCAGUUGCCAUGGCGAUGCCCACUUCUCCCUGGUUGGUCAAUGACUUGGGUGAGCCGGUGUGUGCCGUGGUGGCUCCGCCCCCGUACUCUUACGACCCCAGCGGCAGCGACCUACCCCGAGACUGCAGGGUUCUCCAGUACUACUUCAACCUGGGGGUCCAGUGGUGUCACCAGAGCUGCUGGCAGCAGCAGCUGUACCCCCCCGCCGUGCCCGACGGCCCCUACCAGCACUACGGUCCGUACCUGAACCAGGAGCCCCCCCUGCACGCGUCUCCCGUGUCAUUGGCUGAGAGCGGACGCGCCCCCCAGCACCCCCACCCCUACAGCGAGCCCCCGAGGAUGUCGGACGGACAGCUGGACGGACAUGGCAGCG